AUGCUGCAUGCCGACAACCUAAUACAAAGAUAUGAAACCGCUCAGUCCUCCGCGUUCCGCGAAUAUCGAACCUGGAAAGAGUCGAAGUGGGGCGAGGACGCGUUGGACGAGGUGGAGAUCGAAGACGAAGACGUUUACCUGGAGUUGAGUUUGCCUUCGGUGUUUGCGAAUCCGUUGAUCCAGGUCCCGCCUCUAAAGGAGUUGCUGGAGACGGUAUAUAGCCGCGUCGCAGCGCACGCGAUAUCACUGGUCUCCGUGGUGACCUCGGUGGGCUACUAUUACCGGCACCCGCGGCUGAUCCCGGGAGCGCUAAAAGAUCUCUUUGUGGUACUACUACCCAUUCAAUAUACACCUCCCUCACUACCGCGGUUAUGGCCCCCCACGCCGCGAGCAGGGCCGGUGACCGUGACGCCCCGGAGUCCGAGGACAUGUCGGACUCCUCCGAGCAGCAGCCUUCAGCCUGGCAGCAGCCUUCAACCUGGGAGCAGCCUUCAGCCUGGGAGCAGCGGUGAGUCUGGCAAUGUUUCGCCUUUGCUGAUGCCAAUGAGUUCGGCUGUUAGUUCGCUCUCACUGUUGCGGUCUCGGAGUCCUGCGACGGGUUCCGAGCUGGUGGUGGACCAGGACGACAUUUUCGAUGACGGCGAUGAGGACGAAGGCGCGCCGCCCGACGGCGACGAGGAACCCUGCGACGGGUUAUGUGGCGCCGCCGCGCGUGCUAGUAAGGCCGUUUCAUUGGACAGAGUGGAGCUCGAUGAAGGCCCCGCAAGUCUGUUCAAGUUUUUGCUGCGUUGGGGCUGGGCGCUAUGUCGCUUCUCUGUCUUUGUUUUCGCCGGCCUCCUUGCGGCCAGCGUCAGCCUGGUAGUCGUGCUCGUAGCCUCCUGCGUCUGCUGCUUCCUUCCCAGCACCUGGUUCCGACUACCACCCAGACCACGGGCAAACGACCAUUACUUACCCAACACGCCGACGUAA